CCAAGUCACUACGGGAAUUCCCUUUAAUAUUACAAAAAAUAAUGGAAGAGACUACAUACAUUUAUUUAAUGGAAACAGUAUGAACAGGACUAAAAAAUAUAAACAUACAUUAUCAUAUAAGACCAUUUUUUUAUUCAGUUUUAAAAACGGCAAGACAAAAUGUAUUUUAUGUAUCCACUACUUAUUUUCUGUACAGUUACACCCUUAGUAAAGUUAGAAAACGUAACAAGUAAAUUACACGAAUACACAGCAGCGACGUUUUUAAUGAUAGACCAGACAAUCGAACUUAUAGGACAAGUUACUGUCCAAAACAAGCCUUAUGGAGAAGAUAAUCAUUUAUAUCUUGAAUUUAAAACCAAUAAAAGCAAGGAAUUUCUACAGUUCUCUGUGUUAUUUUUGAACAAGUGUGACCAUAAAAAUAAAACGUUCUACUGUGUACAAAAGGGAAAAUUAUUUCAAAUUUAUGCGUACAUACACGUGAAAGAAGAUUUCAACCAAUCAACUUGGAGACUGAAAGGGCUCUACAACGAAAUUGAGUUUGAGAGUGAAGUGAUCACCUUACCGACCAUUAAACGACUCUCGGACAAGUGCUGUAGUCGUUCCCCACUUAAGCGUUGAAGUCAUCCAAGAUAAUGAGUUUGUCAGCAGUGUCCACCUUACACACGACACUCCACUGGUAAGCGUAGAAUAUUUUCUUGGUAUCAGGUUUUGCCUGUAACGUGGGAGCAUAAACACUUAUGAUAGUGUCAAAUCUAUAGGCAUCUAGCUGUAGUCUGAGCGACAUAAGUCGGUCUGAGUGACCAAUAGGGAUAUAUAGCUGUUUCUUAUAGAUUGCCAUAUUUGAAUUUGUAUCAAACCGUGAUUCGGAUCACUAUUUAUGGAUAUAAAAUUAGAAAAUGAAAAAAAAAGUAAAAUGUUUUAACAUUACAUAAAGUUUAUUGGAAAUUGACCGUUUAGUUAAAUUAAAAAAAAACAAAAAAACAAUUACACGGUUUUAGGAGAAACUGGGAGAUUAACAAUGGGGAUAUAAAUUAUAAAAAUAAUAAAAAGAAUGCUUAAUUUACUGGCUAAUAUAUAAGAAUCUCUCAAAUAUAAUAUAAUAUUUUGACCAAAGAUAAAUAGUUCUCAAUAUGUAAAUAGUUAUUUCAUUUCAAAUUACAAUUUAAAAAGUUAAGUAUGGGAUAGAUGUGGUUAUACCCAGACAGCUUCGUUAGCAAAAAACGCACAGAUAAUUGUUGCUUGCAGUAAAAAGGUUGAAAUUAUUCAGCAAAUCGCAGCAAUAAUUCAAAAUAGAAAGGGAAGCUAAAAUCUUUUAUUAAAAGUAAACUAGCUUGGGAAGAAUGUCCACAUUUUGUUAAACAAACUAUCAUUUAAAUAGGCUUUAAUUAUUUUAUUAAUAUUUUCUUUAAUUAUCUUGAGUAAUUUGAUUUUGUUUUAUAUAUUGUUAUUAUUUGAAAUUUUGACUGCCUUUGUAUCACUUGUGCUUUGAGGCUAGGCAAAAUAAAAUUGUUACAUUUAGACACAAAAGAUAUACCUCAACAACAAGGAAAGCCUAUGUAGCAAACAUUAAUUUUCUUGUUAAUAUGUAUACAGUUGAUAAAAUAGAGGACCAUGCUCUAUAGAACCCCAACCUGUCCUUUGUCAAAAGAAAUGAUUGUUCUAAAAGGAUGAUAAGAAAAUCCAAGAAAACAUUCCUAACAACUUGGUUUGGGUAGCUAUGUGCAUUCAGACUAAGAUUACACUCCCUCCAUCUAUCGUGG